AUGGCGCGGCGAUGUCAGGUUGAUCAAAGUGACGAGCCGUGUCGCCUUGAACACCUGAUAUCAUCAUUACCGCCCUGUCCACCGUUCUGUUCGCACUUGUGUGCUGCACUGCUCUCGCCUGGUACCCCACCUACAACUACGGACAUGGUGCUGGUUACCAUGGAGUCGCUGGUCUCCACGGAAUCGGCGGUCUCCAUGGAGCCGCUGGUCUCCACGGACUCGCUGGCUAUGGUGGCCCCGUUUACGGACAUGCCGGAUAUGGUUACGGAUACCCAGGUUAUGGUUACGGAUACGGACACGGACACGGUCUCGGAGCUGGACUUGGUUUCGCUGGACACGGACACGGGCUCGGAGCUGGACUUGGUUUCGCUGGACACGGACACGGGCUCGGAGCUGGAUUUGGUUUCGCUGGACACGGACACGGUCUCGGAGCUGGACUUGGUUUCGCUGGACACGGACACGGUCUCGGAGCUGGACUUGGUCUCGCUGGACACGGACACGGGCUCGGAGCUGGACUUGGUUUCGCUGGACACGGACUCGGAUUCGGAGCACGUGGACUUGGAUUUGGAGGACGUGGACUUGGAUUCGGCGCACGUGGACUUGGAUUUGGAGGACGUGGAUUUGGAUUCGGAGGACGAGGACUGGGAUACGGACACGCUCUACAAGUCCUCAGUAGUACAGAGCGUGUCCGUAUCCCAGUCCUCGUCCUCCGAAUCCAAAUCCACGUCCUCCAAAUCCAAGUCCACGUGCGCCGAAUCCAAGUCCACGGGCGCCUAG